AUGGGAGAAGAUUUAACUCUGGCAGACUUAUUCGAUAUGGCAGAGAAGCAUGCAUUUUGGGAUGAGGCUCAGCGAGCAGACAAGGACCUGAGCAGCCUUGGAAAGAAUCGUCACACAACCGAUGAUUGCUACACUUGGAGGAACUACCUAGAGAAUCUAGUGAAAGAAGGCAAGGUUGACAAAUACUUGGACAAGCUAGCUGCACAGCCUAGAAGGAAUGCAGAUGUCGACGAAGAACCACUAACCAAGACAAUUCUGACCAAUGGCAUUUUUCACCGAUCCAAGGACUUGGGGACCACUAACAACUCCAAGAAGAGGAAUAUCCAGCAGGCUUUAUUAGUCUCACUGGUCCAGGAUGCUAAAGGUGUUGACUUCGCACACGACCAUGCACUAGUGAUAUCUGUCCAACUAGCCAAUGUUAUAGUCGACAGAAUGAUGGUUGAUAACGGAAGUGUGGUCAACCUACUUCAGCUCUCAGUAAUUCAGAAGAAGGUUCUGGAAAACAUAAUCAUAUGCCAAGCAGAGGUAUUCACCGGAUUCAUUGGACACACCUCGACUACCAUUGGCAACAUUACACUUGACGUGAGAACACCACCAGUUGUCUCAAGGCAAAUGUUCACGAUAAUAAGCGACCUAUCUCCCUAUAAUGGGAUUCUAGGGUGA